CUCAGCAUGGCCACACACAGGACAUCUCAGACAUUUGCUCCACCCAAAGAGGAUAUGCAUGUGGAGCCCGUAGAGAGGGGCUGAAACUAUCCAACCUGAAUCACAACUUUUUCCCUGUCCGGGGGUAAAGUCCUGUGCGCGCGUAUGAAAUCACAUGGCGUUUUAAGAAUGCUUCAAAGAUGGCGGUUUGUUGUAACAGAGUGCAGAAAAGUGCAUGUUUGGAGGUGCUGGUGCGGGAGCGAUGGCACGCGGUCCUGGCGAGUUUAAGCGACGCGUCGCUGACGCUCAGCUGCGAGGAGCCCGCGACCGACGCCGGCGUUAACCUGAACGGCAUCACCACCAACGGCUCCUACGGUGACCAGCCGGACCCCGCCAGCAGUCCCAAAGCCGGAGUAAGGACUCCUUUCACGGACGCGCAAGUUCCAGAAGCGAUCGCCAACCGCAAAAGAUGCGUCAAAGUUAUCAAGCAGGAGGUCGGCGGGUUGGGGAUAAGCAUCAAAGGCGGGAAGGAGAACAAGAUGCCUAUUCUUAUUAGUAAGAUAUUCAAAGGUCUGGCUGCGGACCAGACGCAAGCGCUCUACGUCGGGGACGCGAUCCUGUCCGUGAACGCGAUCAAUCUGCGGGACGCCACGCACGACGAGGCGGUGCAGGUGCUGAAGAAAGCGGGCAGAGAGGUCGUGCUGGAAGUGAAGUACAUGCGGGAAGCGACGCCAUAUGUGAAAAAAGGUUCACCGGUGUCUGAGAUCGGCUGGGAGACGCCGCCUCCCGAGUCCCCUCGUCUCGGCAGUCCUCACUUCGAUAUCCCCAGCCCCCCCUCGCUGUCCUUACAGGGCGACCGCAGAUACAUCCCCCUCAAAAUGUGCUACAUCACCCGCAGCAUGACCAUCCCUGACCCAGAAAAUAGGCAGAUUGAGCUGCACUCCUCUGAUGCCAAGCACACAAUAAUCAUGCGACAUAAAGACACGGCUUCGGCCCAGACCUGGUUCACUCUCAUGCAAACUGCCAUCACAAACCUCACCAGCAAAGUCAUCGGUGAACUCCGAGAACACGCAGGCCGCCACGGCAUCGCCGGGAGCCGAGAGAUCCGACACCUUGGGUGGCUCGCGGAAAAGACGGAAAGCGAAAGACAGUGCUGGAAGCCAGUGCUGGUGAUGUUGACUGAGAAGGACCUGCUGCUGUUUGACAGUAUGCCACGCAUGAGAGAACACUGGCUCAGCCCGACACACACCUACCCUCUACUCGCCACACGGCUGGUGCAUUCUGGGCCAGAUAAGGGUUCACCGCAGCCUGGUGGCGAGUUGUGCUUUGCUACACGGACGGGAACCAGAUUGGGUAUCGAAGCGCAUCUUUUCAGGACAGAGACGUGCAAGGACUUGUCACUCUGGACCAGACACAUAGUCACUGGCUGCCACGCAGCUGCUGAGAUGAUCAAAGAAGUCACUACCAGUUGUAUGUAUCAGGGUCAGGACUGUCGGUUGGUCAUUCACUACGAGCGAGGUUUCUCUGUCGUAACAGAUGGAGAGGACAGCUCUGUGGCACAGCCUCUCUUCAGUUACCCGUUUGAAAAGCUGAAGAUGUCUGCUGACGAUGGAGUACGGAUCCUCUACUUGGAUUUUGGCGGAAACGAGGGUGAAAUUCAACUGGACUUGCACUCCUGUCCCAAGCCCAUUGUUUUUAUCCUCCACUCCUUCCUGUCUGCUAAGAUCGCAAGAUUAGGAUUGGUAGCCUGAGAUUGAACUGUUAUAGACUUAAACAGUGACAUGAUUUAUUCCAACAUGGAGAAGGGAACCCCGUAACGUAGUGGAGCUCGCAAGACUGAACGAGGGGGGUGAUGCAGAGCUGGCGCUGUAGCAAACCGGACCUCUGAAUGAUUUUAAUUACGUUUCGUUAAUGAUAAACUAUGUAUUUUUCAGAGAGAUAUUAAUUAUAGUGAAACACAAUUUCACAUUGAUUUUCUACGAAAAAAAAAAAUCGAACUAUAUAAUGAACACUAACUUGUAAUUGGAACUAAAGAGAAAUACUUAAAGUAUUGUUUUAGAAUCCAAUACAGCAGAGUAUUCAGCACUUACAAUGCCAUUAACUUCUAUAUAACAGGAGGGAAGGCGGCCAUCUGUAUGACAGCUGUCUGAGUAAUCACAUCUGUCUGGCAGCUAAUGUGGAUUAAAGAGAGGCUAGUUUAAACCUUGUUAAUGCACAUAAAAGUUAAACGGCCUAAAACAGUC